GUCUAUGAAGCUGAAGUCUCUACUUCCGAUACCAUAUUAAUCUACAAAGAUGUCGCUUUUUAAGAAGCCUACAGAUAAAGAGGUGAUGAGAAAAACAGAGAGAGAACUGAAGAAAACUCAACGAGUAGUAGACAGAGACAGGGUCAAAUUGGAAAGAGAUGAAAAGAAAUUAGAAAUGGAAAUAAAGAAAGCUGCCAAACAGGGCAAUAAACAGGCAUGUGCAGUUUUAGCCAAACAACUCGUCAAUCUGAGGAAACAGAAAGUUAGGUUAUAUGGGGCCAGUGCAACGAUAUCUUCAGUCAAUGCUCAAACUAAGUCAAUGGUAGCAAACAAAGCCACAGCUGAAGCAAUGGGAAGGACAGCAAAGGCGAUGGGAGCCAUGAAUAAACAGAUGGAUCCACAGAAGAUGAUGAAGACGAUGCAACAAUUUGAGGUGGAGUCAGCUAAGAUGGAGAUGAAAGAAGAGAUGAUGGAUGAUGUAUUGGAUGAUGUACUAGGAGGGUCGGAUGAAGAGGAAGAACAAGACGCCAUCAUCAACCAAGUCUUGGAUGAGAUCGGUAUCGAGGUUGCAGGGAAGCUUGCUGAUGCACCAGGUUACAAGGGCGCCCUCCCGUCCAGAGCGUCUGACUCACAAGCAAAGGACAAAGCGAUAGAAGAUCAACUUGCCAGGUUGAUGCGGGAAUAACUUAUUUUCUCUUCUGCCAUUGAUAUACAUGUAUUUGUAUCUAUUUUUAUACCUGUUUUUAUCAGUCAUUGGCUUGUGUCCAUAUGAGGUGGCCGUGAGAACUGGUCAAAGACACUCGAUAUCAGGAUAUGUGUUUAGUUCAGUGCGACUGUACCAUAUUAUGCUGCUUAGUGCGGUAGGAGAGUACAUUAUAUUAUACAAAGUCAUAUAAAUGACAUCAGGGCACUGUUUCACGAAACCAUCUUAAGUACGAAUUCGCCGACAUCCCAUUAAAACGUGCAUUGAUUUUAUUACAUGAGUUUCAAUAGGAUAUCGCCAACUUGUACUUAUGAUUGUUCAGUGCAACAAAGCCCAGAGUAUCUUUAUAGCUGAUAUUUUGGCAGGUCCAAGCUCCUUUACAGCUGUUAAUUGAAUGCAAUCUACCGAUAACCUUUGUGAAAUGGUAAGAUAUGGAGAAGGAAUACCAUGCACUUGCCUUUGUAUGCUUGGCCUAUUCCUAGGCCAAAGAUACUACUUAUCUUCUUUCACAUUGGCUGCUAAAUGAGUCCAUAAGGCUACAGGCCUUGCCUUUUGGUGUAGGGGUUUGUUCACUUGACCCUCAUGCAAGAUCCUGGGUUCAAAUUUUGGCUGAUGCUCGCACCCUAAUACAAAGCAUUUUCUAUACAGGGCCCCGUCUUACAAAGAGUUGAUAUUAAUCGCAACUUAUUUGUGAUUGAUAUCAAUCACAACUAUGUACAUGUACAUAAGAGAUAGGAGACUGCAAACUUGCAAUUUAGAUUAAUCGCAACUCUUUGUCUGUCGGCCCAGGUUUCCCCUCACACCAAGGCACUUAGCAAAUGGAUGUCUAGUUGGACCUACAUGUACGUGAAUGCCUUUGAAAACAGUGUGAACUUCAACUUUUCUUAUUCGCCGUCUGUUUGGAGCCAGAAGGGUGUUAACUCAUAUACAGUUGUCGAAACCUCACCCCAAGAAAUAAUAUUCUGAGAGAUUCAUUGUAUUCUUGCCUAUCAUUCUACAAAAUUCCUCGCCAAAGUGUAUGAGAGAGGUAUUAACUUAGCAUGAUGUUACGUUUCUCAGCACGACACGGGCAUCUCCAAUUUGUUGAUACCCAUGAAGUUCUAUGCAAAGUCGUCAAUCAAGUAAAUGUAUUCAAAUUUAUGGAUGCAAAUAUUUCAUUCACAUGCUACUAUCUCAUGCACUAUAAUUGUCAGAAUGCAAAUCAUUGUUAUUCUUCUGGGGUGACGGUUUCGUGUAACUGAAAUAGAUUGUCAACUGCUUUAUUUUAGUAUUUUUAAAUAGAUCAGUUACGAUUGUUCCUCGUAAUAUAUUUUUCAUAAAAUAUUAUUUUUGUAUGAUUUUCCCACAGCGAAAAAUAAAAGGUUUUGUUAUUGAAUGAAAAAAAUUUGCCAAAUAAUGCUUGAUGCAUGAUACAUUGUUACAUUAUCAAGUACAUGGCUGCGCCCAUGUCAUGGUCAAAGACAUUGCAUCAUGCCAAGAAUAUCUUCAUUUAUAUAAUUAUUUCUCGUACAUUUUCGUAAGGAAUAUUGUACAUGAAUGGGGAGGAAUAAAACUCGUCUUUCAGCAUACAUACAAUUUUUUGUUGUUUGGGUGAGGUUUCCUUUAACACAGAGUUAACACACUUCUGGCUCUAAACAUAUCUUCUUUACAUGUGCAUCCACUGGACAUGUAGCCUUCCGUGUUCUUUUGUCAGGCAUGCAGCAUAUUUUUUAAUUGCAUCUCAUUUCAUUUAUUAAUUUCCACAUUCAAAGAUUGAAACAAUAAAA